UGGAUAUUUAGAGACAUAAAAUAUCGCAGUUGUAUAGAAGCGGUGUAUUUUAUCUCAUGUAAACAGGAGGUAAAAGACACCCGCUGGCUCUCUCAACAUUUGGCAAUCGCCAAACUGCAGAGAAACUUACCUGCAGUUUUGGCUGCUUUGGCUGAAGAGACCGAGGUCAACAAAUGCCCUUUGGCCAAGGGCCUUUAUAGUUUUUGUUGCACAUAUAGAUUUGUUGCAGCAGUCUACAUGCAAGCUGAUGUGUUGCCACAUCUGGCUCGCCUCUCAAAGAUUUUUCAAAGGGAGAAUGUAAACUUUUUAGCCAUCAAAGAUCAGGUCCCAGUGACAAAGGGAUGCCUGAGAUCAAUUAAAGAUGCUGCAGAUAACCAGACAAUAGGCUCUUUCCUUGCUCGGCUACAUGAGGACCUGGAAGCACCUGCUGGCCUGGGUGCAUUUCAGAUUACACAUGAAGAGGAGAGGCACAAGAGAUGCAGAGGCCAAGAAGAGGAGCAGACAAGGAAGGGGCAUUGGUUUCGCUUUAGAACUCAGGUAAUGGAGCCUUAUCUGGAUGGCCUGGUGGAAAAUAUCAAUAGACGUUUUCAACACUUGGAUGUGCUUGGAGCAUUUCAUGUACUGGGACCCCAAGCAACCAAAGAGGAUGAUUCUGUUAAUAUACAACAUCUUCUGACCCUGUCUGCUAAGUUUCUUGGAAGGCCAGACAAUCCAGAACUUCUCCAAGAAUGGUUAGCAUACAAGCAUCUGCAAGCCGGUGCCUUCAAGAAUAUGGACCAGCUUGGCAUGAUGUCGAAGAUGGCAUCACAGACAGAGGAAUGGGGAAUACUGUACCCUUCCUUGAGUCAACUGUCUGCCAUUGCAUUGACAGUCCCCAUUUCAACAGUUAACUGUGAGAGAGAUUUCUCUACAAUGAACAGAGUGAAGACAGACCUAAGGAACAGGCUGCAGGGGGAUCACCUAGCAGCUUGCCUUACAUUAAGUAUAAAUGGACCACCUAUUUCCGAUUUCCCGUACGAUAGAGCCCUCAAACUGUUUUUAGAAAAAAAACAGGAAAAUCAGGUGUUCACAGACAGGGUGUACACUUUGUAAAUAGUUCAUUUGUUAUGGUUUGUUUUUGGAAAAAAUAAAUGUUGUAAUGUUAAAAAAAUAUUUGUCAUGAUAUGAAACAAUUUUGCCGCGGCACGACAUGGUCGGGCCGUCCGACUCCGAUGCGGCCCACCCACCACCACAACAUAAAA